ACUGUUGGGGACCCAUUCGCGUAAACAGUUCCUUAUUUGUCAAUGAAAAGAAAAGGUUGGUUUAAUUGAAGGAUUUUCUCAAAGAAAAUGACGUCUUACACGGACAAGGGUAUGAAACCUGAAAAUGGGCGGUUCCUGGCGUUCGACCACGUUACCUUCUGGGUCUCCAACGCUAAACAGGCUGCCAGCUACUACGUGACGCGGUUUGGGUUCCAGCCACUCGCUUACCGGGGACUGGAGACAGGCUCGCGACAGACUGCCUCCUAUGUCGUCAGAAUGAACAAGAUAAUAUUCGUCUUCCAAGCACAAUACGAGCCCGAAGAGACGACGUUCAACAAGGAGAUUGCUAUACACGGAGACUUCGUGAAGGAUGUGGCGUUUGAGGUGGAAAACCUGGAUUACAUCGUCAGCUACGCUAAGAAGCAGGGAGCAGUGAUCAUCCAGGAUAUAUGGGAGGAAAGAGACGAGUUUGGAGUGGUCAGAAUGGCCAAGUUGAAGACGUACGGCGACAACACACAUACUCUCAUAGACCGGUCUAAGUACCGUGGGUCCUUCCUACCGGGGUACAUGUCACUGAAGACUGAUCCCAUACACCAGUACCUGCCGAAAGUGGAGAUCAACUUCAUAGACCACGUGGUGGGCAACAUGCCUGACAACAAGAUGGAGGAGGCGGCCUCGUGGUACGAGCGCUGUCUGCAGUUCCACAGAUUCUGGUCAGUGGACGACAAGCAGGUGUGUACGGAGUACUCUGCGCUCCGCUCCAUCGUCAUGGCCAACUGGGAGGAGACAGUCAAGAUGCCCAUCAACGAGCCAGCACCAGGGAAGAAGAAGAGCCAGGUCCAGGAGUACGUGGAAUACCACGGCGGGGCGGGGGUGCAGCACAUAGCGAUUAAUACCGAGGAUAUUAUUACCACGAUCGAGAACCUCCGAAGCCGCGGCGUGGAAUUCCUCUCCAUCCCGGCCAAAUACUACACCAUGAUACGGGAACAGCUCAAACACAGCAAAGUCAAGGUCGCAGAGAGCAUAGACACACUGGAGCGACUGAACAUCCUCAUAGACUACGACGACAACGGCUACCUGCUUCAAAUAUUCACAAAGAACACCCAGGACCGACCCACGUUGUUCCUAGAGGUGAUACAGAGGAGGAAUCAUAAUGGUUUCGGAGCUGGCAACUUCAAGACACUAUUUGAAUCGAUAGAACUAGAACAGGAGAAGAGAGGAAACUUGUAGAUAAAAAAGAAAACCUAAGAAUAACGUUAUUAUUAAGGUUACUAUAUCUAGAAAAAGUAGGAAUAUUGUUUAA